AUGAAUACAUCUGACAAAAGUCCUUUACCUAAUUAUACAAGUGAAAAUAAUUCCAAUACUCCGACUUUGUAUAAAGAAAAAAUAUUUAAUACAUGGCAAAAAACUUUUGAUACUAUUGAAGAACUUAUUUCUGAAAAUACUUUUAAACAUGUAUAUAUUACUACAAUUAAUAAUACUCACUCACAUAGUCUAAAUUCUAAUAUUAUUCAAUUUGGAGAUAAUAAACAAAUCCCUUUUGAGAUUAUGAAAGAAAUUGAAUUUCUUACUGUUCAAUGUAAAAUGGGAACAUUUACUCAAAGACAAUAUCUUGAAGCAAAAUUUCCGGGACAAAUGAUUUACAACAAUGAUCAAUAUAAUGCAAUUCAAUAUUUUCGUUCACAAAGUAAAAAUGAUAUCAAUAAUGCAGUUAAAUUAUAUACAAGAUUGCUUGAAUUAUCAUUACAUAAUCCAAUGUGGAAGAUUUCAACAGCAGCUUUUAUGUUUACUUUGAUUAAUAAUAAACUUGAAGAAUAUUUACUUCCGGCUAUUUUAAAACUUCAAAAAAAUGAGAUUCAUCAAAGUGUUUUUUAUGAUGCUUUGCAAAUAAAUCAAAAAGCGACUAAUGAAUUUGAGAAGUACAAUUUUUUAUCCGAUCAAUAUUUGGAAGAUUUGCCUAAUGCUCAUCAAAUCACUGCAUCAUGUAUUAUCGCAGAUGUUAAAAAAGAACAAAUUUCAUCUAUGUGGGCUAAUCCUAGCAAAGAAUCAUUUUUGAUUGCUAAUAAAUUCGAAGAUGAAAAUUUACCAAUUAUUCCAGAAUCAGAUAUUCCGUUUUUAUCUGCAGUUAAUUCAACAAUACAAGAUUCUAUUUCUAAUCAUGAACGUCUAACUGAUAUUCAGUUAUAUGGAAAAAUCACUGGUUUGACACAUAAAGUUACUAUGAAAACAAUAAGAAACAAGGAUACCCAUAUAAUAGAUAUUUUGGAGAAUUAUCUACAAGAUGAAAAUGAAAAUGUAGAUGAAAAUAUGAAUAGUAUUAGCAGACAUACAGAAGAUUUAGAAUCUGAUAAAGAAAAUAAUUCUUCUGUUCUCAAAAAUCCUAAUAGACAAACAAAACCUAAAAGGCGUCCUAAAGGUACAAAAAGAUUAAAAGCAUUUCAUGAAAAAUCAAAUACAAUAUCUUCGGGAGUUAAUAAAUAA